AUCUUGAUUAUCACAGCAUAAGACAAGACUCUAAAGAGAAAAUGACCUUUUAUAUAGAAUUUUUGGUAGUAGUCAUAUUUUAAUGACAUGAUGCACAUUGAAUUGGCCUUAGCCUCGACCGGAUAGAUGGGCUAUAUCAUAACCUAAUUCAUGCACAUUUCAAAAUAACAGAAUAGCUAUGGAAGAGGGAAGUGGAGUUCUUCAAAAUUCGAGAUCUGACAAACGACUGAUAGGAGGUGAAGGAACACAUGAGGAAUUUGAAGGCAACAGCAGCUUCCUACGCGUGGUGGAGACGUUGCUGCGUCUGUUCCCCAUUGUUCUCUCUGUGACGGCUCUCGUCAUCAUGCUUAAGAACUCUGAGGAGAAUGAACAUGGCUCCGUUAGCUACACCGACCUUAGCGCCUUCAGAUAUUUGGUGCAUGCCAAUGGCAUCUGUGCAGGGUAUUCUUUAUUAUCAGUGGUUUUUGUUGCUUUGCCUCGUCUUUCCAGCAGCAUGUCCAUAAAUUGGACUUUCUUUUUGCUUGACCAGGUUUUGACAUACCUAAUCCUUGCUGCUGGAGCUGCAUCAAUGGAGGUACUGUACUUGGCUGAGAAGGGAAACGCUGCAACAGCAUGGAGCUCAGCUUGCAGUGUCUUUGGUCUCUUUUGCCACAAGCUUACUGCAUCAAUAGCUAUCACAUUUGUUGCUGUUAUUUGCUAUGUCUUCCUUUCUCUCAUUUCUUCCUACAAGUUAUUCACCAAGUAUGAUGCACCAGAUAUCAGCAACAUUUCUAAGGGUGUUCACAUUUCUGCUUUUCAUGGCUAAUCCAACUCUCUGUGCUUCUCAUAUGUGUUAGUGUGGACUCAUUAAGACAUGUUUUAUAACUGUAAUUUUCUUUCCGUCAUUAUCCACAAGUAAUGAUAUGUAAUA